AUGAGGCUUCAGCGACUGUGGCCUGCUCUAUCCCUCUUUGCUGCUACCGCAGCUCAGACCAUUAGUGGCCUAACUUUUGACAGUCAAGAUGUUGUGAGUCUUGUUUGGGGCUUUGAAAGCGCGCCAUCGGUGCAUUAUGAUCUCUGGCUUUGUGCUGGAGACGAAUCUACGGGCGAAUACGAAACAUUGGAGCGAGUGAUUGAAGAUGCCUCCUAUACAGCUGGUGACUGGAUGUCAUUCCGGGUUGACCAAAGUGUGGGAGGAAAUGAUCCCAAUGCCUACUUCCUAAAAAUUGUUCCUUCGACUACCAACAGUGCAUUGUCUGGGCUAACAUCCCAUUUCACCCUUACCAAUAUGAAAGGCACCUUCUCGGCUAAGGUGUCAGAUGCGGUCAAGCUUAUGCAACCUAUUCCCAUGCCAUUAUAUCUAGUAGACGACUCCAGUCUCCUGGAUCCUGUUGAGGCCACCCCGAGCUCGAAUGCAUCACAGUCUGCUUUGCAGUUCCCAUUACCCACGACAAAUGAGCCGGAUGAACACGAAUUGCGAAGGCGCUUGGCUGUGGAUCCCCAUACAAUUCCCUACGGAGAGCAGACAGGCCGGACCAAGUAUGCUCCUAUGCCCAAAAGAGCGGGCACCACCAUCGCAGACAAGCCAGCGACGCCUCAAUACCCACCAUUUCCUUUCUCUAUUGCCACCACGUAUCUUCCUGCGCCUACAGUAGAUUAUACGGAUACGGCAUACGCCACUUGGACAGCCCACAGUAUCGAAAAUACGGCUGCCCCAGCUGCGAUGCCAACGUUGGACAAGAGAAUGCAGGACUGGCUGGAGCGUUGA